CUCGGAGGUGGCUUUAGGUCCGUCGAGGGAAAAAGGAGGCCUUGCAUUGGCCUACAAAAAAAAACUCCGACGGAUAGGGCGGCUCAUCAGCGCACGAGGCGAGGGCUGAAGUGUCAAUCGCAGUUUUAGCACCAUUAGAUACUUUUUGAAAAACCGUGGCAUGGGGUGAGGCAGGAGUGAGUGGUGGGGAAGAAUCACAUUCCGGGAAGCAGAAGGACGUGCAGGGGCAUUGGGAUCACUGCAGGGAAGUCGGCGGUCGGCCGCGAGCGGCGCUAUGAUUCUCCUCGUGGAGGUGUUCUACGCCGGCUCCCACCGCCAGCUGAUCACCACACUGACGCAAGGUCUGCAGCUGGACGAGCGCAGCUGCCACCUGACGACCAUGUCGGGCCGAAAGUGGCACUGGCGGGCGAGGACCUCGGCGCUCCACCUGGCUGAGGUUAUCCCACGCCAGCAGUUCAGCGUGCUGUUCACGUCAUCGGUGACGCCACUGGCCGAGCUGUGCGGCCUCCGGCCGGACCUGGCCGCGCCACACAAGGUGCUCUAUUUCCACGAAAACCAGCUGGUAUACCCGGUGCGGAAGCGGACCGACACGGACUUCCAAUACGGCUACAACCAGAUCACUGCCUGCUUGGUUGCCGACGAGGUCGUCUUCAAUUCCGGGUAUAACAUGGAGUCGUUUUUGGGCAAUAUAAACCAUUUCAUGAAGACACAACCGGACUAUCGCCCCAAAGGACUGGCUGAUAAGAUUCGGUCCAAGUGCCGUGUGCUGUACUUCCCGCUGUGCCUGCCGGGGGUGGCGCUGGGCGCGCGGCUCGGGGAGUCGGCGGAGGACCGGCCCCUGCACAUCCUCUGGCCGCACCGAUGGGAGCAUGACAAGAACCCGGCACUCUUCUUCGAGACGAUGACGCAGCUGCACGAGGAGGGCCUACCUUUCCGGCUGUCCGUGCUGGGCGAGCGGUGCGACGAGGCACCUCCGGAGUUCGAGCGCGCCCAGCGCGAGCUGAAGGAUCACAUUGAAAACUGGGGCUACCUGGAGUCCAAGGAGGACUACUGGAAGGUGCUGAGGUCCGCUGACGUCGUGGUCUCCACGGCCGACCACGAGUUCUUCGGCGUGGCUGUGCUGGAGGCGGUGGCGAGCGGCUGCACGCCACUCUGCCCGUCCGCCCUCGUCUAUCCGGAGUGGUUCGAGGCGCGCCACCUCUUCCGCACGGCCGGCCAGCUGCUGCGGCGCCUGCGCCAGUGGUGCCGGCGCCCAGGCGCUGCAUCAGCCAGUGGUCGGGGGUCAGUGGUAGCUGUGGUGUCGGUGAUGUAG